AUGGACAACCGACCCACCUCCGAGUACGCACAGUCAGGUUCGCACCACCCACCACCACACCCGUCACAUUCACCUCUCGGCCAGCAUUCUGAACAUUCCCAUCCACCUGCAGACCAGACCUCUGCUGCUGCUGCUACUGCGGCUACCACUCACUACGCUCACACCCCGCAACCCGAGCGCCCCCAGUACUCGCACACGCCGCAGCUCGAGGUUCGCCCGGCCAACAUAUCCUCCUCCAAUACCCCUCAGCCCGAGUACGGCCUGAACCCGCCGCCGGCUCGCUCGCCUGCAUACCAGGACUACCUGCCGCGCCCACAGUCCUACGCGCCCAACUCCCAACCCGGCGGUGCGCCCGGUAUGGCUCAAGCAACAAGUCCGUUCCUGCCCACGCCCAUGCCUCCUGCGAUGACCCCGCGCAGCCCUGAUGCUGCUCCUCCCUCCUCGAGCUUCCCCUCUGACGCGGCUGUCCCUUUAGAUCCCUCGCUCCCGGCCAACAGCCCCCCCUAUCCGCCCCCCUACUCGCCCUACCAGCCGCAGGGACACGACAUGGCCCAGUACCAGGGCCAUCCGCCUCCGCCGCAUCAGAUGUACGCGCGCCCAGACUGGCCACAUAGCUAUGGACAGCAACAUCACGGUCUGCCGGGGCCGUAUGCCUCCCCGGCUGCUACUACGGUUGGUUCUGCCUCCCCUUCUGCAUCCGCAGGGCCGCGCCCUGCCAGCCAGGUCUACUCUUUCGUCCCCAUCCCGGGCGCCCAGCAGCACAAGCGUCCCCGCCGCCGGUACGAGGAAAUCGAGCGCAUGUACAAGUGUGGAUGGAACGGCUGUGAGAAGGCGUAUGGGACGCUGAACCACUUGAACGCACACGUGACGAUGCAGUCGCACGGUGCCAAACGCACUCCCGAAGAAUUCAAGGAGAUUCGCAAGGAAUGGAAGGCCCGCAAGAAGGAGGAAGAGUCUCAGCGCAAGGCCGCUGAGGAGCGCGAGCGCGCUGCCGCCCAGGCUGGUCAGGUCGAGGCCCCCGGUCCUUCCGACCCCUCCCAGGGUGGUCAGCCUCCCUCUUAUGCUGGCGGUGUUCGCCCUCAGCUCCCUCCCAUCGGCUACCAGCCCGCCGACGGCCAGGUCCCCGGCCAGUACGGUGCCCCCGGCGGUGGCAUGGUCUACCAGAGCAACGGGCAGAUGGGCUAUCCUCCCAACUACCCUCACUCCCCCUACCAGAGCGGUCCCGUGUACCAGCAACGUGAGUAA